UCAUCUCGCGAUAGUGAAAAAUUCAGUGUCUCGUUAUAAGAAAAAUAAUAAUGAUCGAUUGUAAGACAACGGGGGGAGGAAAGUUGCAUCGAAUUUGUGGUGAACGAGCGAGAAGCUUUGACGAGUUGAUUUGAAAAACUCUACGACAACGACGACAACGACGACGACAACAACAACAACAACAACAACAACAAAUUUCAAGAGUACAGCAGUUGAUGGAUCGAGCAAGCCUUUACCAAUUUUUGAACGUUCCAACCGCGAGAAACAAAAUAGCAAUGAUUUUAUCGGGUGUGCGUUUCCAAAUGCUUCGAGCGAGUGAGUUUUCUAUGCUUCUGAGAGUGUCACGAGUGCUCGAAAAAAGGGAGUUUCGUGGCCAAUAUUGACGCGUGAGGAUCGGAAGUGAAAGAGAGCGAGCUAUAUAUGCAUGCACGGAGGAUCGUACAGAGAUAGAGCUUGGCCAUGACGGUCGUACGUGUUUGAGCCACGAGCGUCAGGUGUCGCUUCCAUCGCGCCAACAACCCUCACUCACCGCUAGCAGCACCCUCUCGCUUUUCUCUCCCCUCUCUCUUGCUCUCUCGCUCUCUUUCCCUCGGCCCUUUUUCCACAUGACACACAGAGGCUUGUUUUGAGGCUUUUUGAGCUUUGGGAAAGAGAGGGACGUCGAUUCGACGAGGACUCGAGUUUCUUUCGCAACAUUUUUUGCCUCGAUGCCCUCUUUUUUCCGCCUCCUCCGUUUUUUCCUGGCGCACCGAGUCAGUCUUUCGCGCCUUGCGUGACUUUCCAUCUUUCGCUUCAUCCCCCUUAACACCCAUGGAUACAAUUCGGCUGAUUCUCAGGGUUUGCCCUGCUUGCAUUCUUUAGUACAACAAGCGGACUAAAAACGUUGGAGGCAGAUACAGCGGAGAGGCAUCGGUGCAGGGCCUCCGUGUACGAACUCGAAGGAAUGCCCUUUUUAACAUUCGCUUUAUUUCUCGUCUCGCGACACGAGCGUCCGCGUAGCUACGUACGAAUUCGAGGCUAAUGUUGUUGUCGUGGGAACAACAAGAAGGCGGGGUGGUGCGUGGUCCCCGAUGUAUUCCAUUUCUACCUCAGAUCUGUCAGUGCUGCCUCGAAUAUUUAGUUUCGUGAGAAACUAAACGGUGCGGUGGUGUCGAUGCUACGAAAUGGCUUAUUUUUUGCCUGUUUUUUUAUAAUUGUUCAAGCAUAAUUCCAAUCUGGUGGAAAAAGCAAGGCAAACAUUGAGAAUGUGCGCUGGGUGAGAGGGGAAAGGAGAGAGAAAAAAGCUCGACUGGCGCGAUACCGAGUGACGAUACGGUGGAAAAUAGCGUUAAACCGUGCUUCGAAGCACACGGGAGUGUCGCGUCCACCAUUUUGAGUGCGCGAGGUUAUUUCACCCCGUAUGUUGUGUGCUCCUCGCGAAACAUCCUUGUUUUGGUUUAUUUUUUCGCUUCUUUACUGCCCAACUGACGAGUUUUUCCGGUCACUUGAUACUCCAUUUCAUCUCAAAUUUAUAAAGAACAAAUCUAUUAUCUGACAAUCUGUUUGGCAAGAUUGGCAAAGGCAUAUGCGGCCGAGUGUGGGCUAGAGGAGGAGAGCUCGAGCUGGAGGGAUGUUUCUUUAGUGAAUAGUCGAUAAAAAUAAGAAUAAGGAAGGAUCGAAGAAACGAGUGACGCCACGGAUUUUUAGUGGAUAAGAGUGCAGAGUCGUAAGGCUGUGGUGUGUGCGUGCGUCUCCUUGCGCGUAUGCGUCAGUGUGUGCGUGAACGUGUUUAUUUUUUACGUUGGCGAAUGCGUUAGGACGUUCGACGAUGAUCGAUCGAUCAGCUGAUUCCUUUUUUUCUAUUCAAAUUUCAAGAAUUCUCCACGAAAGCACAACAACGCAGGAGGAUUAUUCUGAUUAAAAAACUCGCGACGAGAUUCAACGACGCGAUUUAUGCAGGGGCUGGAAAAUGAGCAACGUGAGAGCACUGGCUGACGGGUUAACGUCAAAGGCGGCUCUUUCGCAUACGUCGAACUGGAUAAUUGUCCCAAAAACACUCUCGUUCUAACGAAGCAGAAACAGUUUAUUUAUGCUCUCUUAUCGUGGAACGAUUGCCAGGCUCGGAUUUGCUUCCGAAGGCGUUUAACGGGAGUGCUUGGUAACAGCGGUGCUAUCUCGGUGCAGCAGAACAAAUUGUUUCGGAAAAUCCGUCGCGAGGCGAGAGGAUUCGGGGAAAAGACGAAUCGCCGAGGCGAUGGAACGAGCUUGUCCGAUAUCGUCGGAAUAACGCGACGCUUCCUCGAUUGACUCGAUGAUUUUUUUAAUAUGUGGCACCUCAUCUCGUGCUUCGCGGUCUCGAAAAACCCGAUGAGCUCCCUCACAACGAGCGCGAGUCGAGGGUUGGAAAUUUAAAAUGUAACAUGCUCGCGGAUAUCGAAUCGACGAUGAUUGAAAAAUAACAAACGAUGUACGAACGCUGUUUUUUUUUGUUGUUCGCAAAGAAUUCGAAUCAUGGAACAAAGGGUGGGAUUGGACGGAUUAAAAAUGUCCUCGAGGCUCCGGUAGCUCGCCGUAUUUUCCAACAUCUUCUCGCAUCCGAGUCCGAGUGUUGUAACAAGUGAUUUUCUUUCCGUUUCCGAUCGCCUUUAUUUUCAUCAAAGUGCUCCGAACCAUUCCUUUUACCGCGAUAACUCCGGAUUAUUCUCUCCCGCGGUCUUGCGGAACGCACUGUUUUUAAUGAACGGGCUGCUAGCCACGCGGGACCGUCAGUGAUAUGUGAGACUCGAUGCUCCGUCUUACGUAAAAUUCCUCACAUAAAAAGGGAUAAAGUCCAGUAUGUCCGAGAUGUCCAGUAACAACAACAACAACAAACACGUGAUUUUGAGUUACGUAAAAGUUUCGACGUAAUGGCGAUAUAAAGUUUUUCCGAUCGCCAAGUGCGCCUUUUCCAUUUCUUUUCUUCCGUCAAAGUGUCACCUCUCCGAUGUGUCUUUUGUGCCUCGACUGUUGUUAUUUUUUCUUCCGUUGAUUAUCGUCGAUCGCAUGAAGGAUUAAAGUGCGAGUUUACAGCUCGAUCGAUAAAACCUCAACCAUAGCGAAUAUCUGUGGCAUGCGUAGACAGCAGGAAAACUCGGGGCUCGAAGACGGCUGGAAGGGUGGCUCGGUCUACGGUAGCGCGGUAACAUUGGAAACUGGCACAACCGGAAAUUGUUAUCACGGGAGUGACGGGACAACGAGUUGCGGAGGAGAUCGUUGCACAGGGAUAAACGAAAGCCUCGUCACCGCCUCGAAGCGGUUCGAGGACCGGUGAGCACCGAUACGGGGCGUGAAACCCCGUUGCCUCGAUCGACGUCCAGCGACCCUACCAUCUGCGAUCGUCGACGAACAGCAGAACAGAUGUCCUGACAGCGGGCCACGGGCCACCAGGAUGCCGACAGACGACGACUAUGGCCGAAGAGAACGUCUCCUGUUGCACCAGCACCCCACCACGCAGUACGGACAGCAAUCGGCGACAGUAUCGUCACUGCCCUUAUCAUCAUCGAUAUUGUCAUCUUCAUCGGCAUCAUCAGCAACGACUCAACAGCAGCACACUGACGGUGCAAGUUCCGUUUCUACAAACGGGAUCGUUGGGCUGCCGAGUGGAAUUAUCUCGACGGACUGCUAUCACAAGCAACAACAACACCAACAACAGCAGCAGCAACAGCAGCAACAACAAGCACAACAACAGCAGUCCAAUCAGCGUAGCACUUCCUCGUCCUCGUCCACAUCCUCAACCUCGUCGAAUGUCGUUUCCUCAUCGAUCUCGUCGUCUCAUCAAGAGCGUUAUCAGAUCAACGAGAGGAUACAGCCGAACGAAGUUAUUAGCGAGUAUGGCGGUCGCAUGUCGCACGAGAGGUACGAAAAAGCGAGCGAAAAACAUCAGCAGCAACAGCUUUACGGGUCGAAACGGGACGAUAUCACCUCCAAGUACGGUGAUUCGUCGAUAUGCUCACGAGCGUCUCAAUCGAGCGAAGAUAACGCGAGAUACUCUAUUGGAUCGUGUCAGGAACAGAGACUCGGUCAAGCAACGUCAUCCUCCGUGCAGAUCGGUCACCACGGAUACGGAUCCGUCUCGGUUGCUACCGGUCGCUCCUCGAAUUCGUCAUCAACGUGCCAACCGACAUCGACGAUCGGCCAAAGCAGCAUUCUUGCCGAUCGUUAUUCCCGUUACACCGAAGCCAGUUCACUCUCCGGCGAGCAGAGACUCUCGCUCCAACCGGUCGAUCGUUUUCCACCGAUCAGCAGCGACUCGAUCGAGCAGCAGCAACAGCAGUCGCAACCACAGCCACAGCAGCAACAGCAUCAUUCGUACAAUCACGGGAGAUCGAGCGCCGCCUCGGGUUUAUCCGGUGACGAACGGAGCAACGGAAUGUCUAACGGUUCAAAGGCUGGAACGAGUACUACAAACGAGUACGCCAAUUCUUCGAUCAUCACGAGUAUCGGUAACGGAAACGGCGUCGUUGGUGGUUGCUCGACGAUUGCCACCAACGUAUUCUCACCGGAUACCUUUCCUUCGCCACCGUCGCCAGCACCGGCGAGCGAUCGGUUCGUGCCUCCGCCACCGCUCUCACCAAGCCCGAGCGAGAAGUACACCUCCUCCCAAAGUCUCAACGCUGUUUGUUAUUCUAGCUCUCCUUGCGACAGAAUUUUACCACCGGGCUCACCCAGUAGCCGAGACAGGUGUUACGUCACAGCACCGGCUUCACCGAUAUCCAAGGAUGCCAGAUACUCCACAAUGUCUUCCGACAGAAAUAGCCUCGUCUCCGAUCGCAUGCAGACGUCGCUGCACGAUCCCAAAGAGCACCAGCACCAACAACACCAACAACACCAACAAAGAUACAGCAUUACGUCGAACGAGAGGUUACUGUCUACGGCAUCGCCGGUACUCGGUGCUCUGCAGUCGAGGGAUCCCGAUACCACUCGGUGCAGUAUAUUCCAAGUCACUGGCAAUCUCAAAGAUACGAGCAGCGUCGGCGGGAUCACUUCGAGAUACUCGAUGUCCAGCGACCGGCUCGUGUCGUCAUCGCCGAUCAACGCUCCCGAGAGAUUCGCAACGAGCAGCAAAAAUCCAGAAAGAUAUCACAGCAACGAAUCACCGAGUCACGAGAAUCAGUCGCGUUAUCACCAUCGGCAGGAGCUUUCGUCGAGUUUGCACCACGAGCGUUACCCGGCUGGUUCUACCGUCGCUGACAGAUACCUCUCGAGUUCCCCGAACCCGGACACCGUUCACGGACGUUAUUCGUCGACGGAACGAGUCCUCGCCGGCUCGACGAAUCCCGACAAUGGGACGGCCCGCGAAUCGAGACGUUACUCGACCUCCGAAAGAAGCCUCGAGGGCAUAUGCCAGAAAUACGCCGAGAGAAGUGAAUCGAGAGUGUGCCCGAAUAGCGGCUCACCAGGAAACGCCAACGAAUACAACUGUAGCCGAUUUAUCGGUUUCCAAGAAGUCACGAUGCAGCCUCGAUAUCCACCCGAUCAGCGUUUCGGUGACAUCGGAAGUCUGCAACGAUACGUCGGGGCUCAGUCGGGCGGCAACGGUAACGUCGCCAGGCACGAGCAGACGAGAAACAACGACAGAUUUGGCUCGAGCUCGGUCAACGAGCGUUAUCUUUCGAACGCAUCACCGGGACACGACGCUCGUUUGGUCGGCAAUUCGGACGGCGGUGGCGGUGCCAGCGGCGGCGUUAGAUACGGUAAUUGUGGAUCCUCGACGGAAAGACUUCUCGCAUCAACGUCCUCGCCAUCGACCUCGGACACGGGGCGCUAUCAUCAAGCCUUGUACCAAACCGGUGGAGCUGGUAAUUGUGGCCAAACGAAGAACGAUCGUUACGGGCCUCUCUCACCGACACCCGAGAAUAAUCAGUCGAACGGGCGCAAUUAUUCCCAGCAAAAUUCGACGACGAAGAGCAACGGCAAUCCGCCGACGAACGACAAGUACAUACAGGUCUCCAAGUCGUUACAAGUAUCCUACGGGAGCGGGGAACGCUAUCAUCAAGUCGGCCAGUUGGAGGGGUUCGAGAGAUCGGGUCAAGACCGGGCCGGUGGUAGCUAUACGAUCGACAGAUACGGAAACCCCUCGAGCACCGCCAAUCCCGAUCUGCGGUAUCAGGCGAGCGGUAACACCGGGACUUUUCACACUCUCAAUCCCGACAGAUAUUCACCCGCUAGAGCCGGACAUCCGGACAAAUAUCUUUCCUUACCAAAGCCCAAAGACAAUUUUGUCACCGGUCGCAUUGUAACCUCGUGCUCGAGCCUGGGCGUCGGUACUUCUGCAAAUUCUUCGGUUUCGGGCACCGACAGAUCUUACGGGAGUAACGGGAGCUCCAGUUACGUACCGCCGAACGCUCACACACCCGUCGAACGUUACGUUCCUCAACCGCCGCCGGAAGUCCUGUAUCCCGAGAGAUACGCCGAUCGAUACGUACCACCCGCUGCUCACACCCCGACCGAUCGUUACAUCCCAGCCGCCGAUCCCGGUGAUCCGUACAUGAGACGCGAUCUCGGCUUUCACCACCAUUACCGGCUACCACCACCCGGUUAUCCUUAUCAUCAGACGCACUUCCGCUUUCGUAGCUUCGCUUACGCGUCCCCUGGACGCCACGGUGGGAGCCCUGGCUCCAGCAGCUCCAGCAGCUCCACCUCGGUCCAACGGGAAUUCUCCACUUCGCCGUUGCUUCGAUCCAAAGUGCGGAGCUCGACGAUCGAAGCCUGCAAUAACUCCGCGCGUCAAAUCAACGCGGCCAGUCAAGCUACCUGUUGCACCGAUCCUACCAGAAAUUGUUGCCCACCCGUUAGAAGAUCCGUGCCACCGGGUGCUCUGCCUUCUAUAUCCAAUCAGUCCGCACAUUCUUCGUGGCAACCUUCUCCAAGCUCAGGAACGACGGGUACGUCGACCGUUUCGUCGUCGGGUACGGAUGGCGAAAGCACACAGAGCAUCGGUAUGUACACGGCCGUUGGAGAGCCUGCUAAAUCGGAAAAAUCAACUUCGACAUCGAUUCCUACCGCCCCAAAGACCGUUGGUUCUUCGAACGUUGCUCCUGGAGCUAACACCAAUGGACCCAAUAUUACGAGGAGCGUUUCAGCUCCGGCAGGGCCGAGGCCCGCUGUUCAACCAUCAAUCAGCACCGGUGCUGCAACCACUCAGAGACCAAGGUUACGACGAAACAUGAGUCGAACCGAAGCACUUCGAAAUUACAUAAAGCGGGAGACUGCAACCUUCUUUGGGGUCGACGAGGAAUCGGAGGUUCUUGAGAAACAAAGAUGGCUCGAUCGACGGAGGCGAAUGGCAUCGAGAAAGUACGGAGCUCUGCUUCCCGAGUAUAAACCACCCGAUCCUGAUAUUACAAGAGACGUCCCGGAUUCAACCGAAAUACCAGAAGGUGUGACGUUGAGAAGAUGGCAGCAGCCUGUGAGGAGGAAAGAUUCAGUGGCUCGGAUGACGUUGUCGGGUCUCCACUACAUGGUCGAGACCCUGACGCGACAGAGACCCCGCGAAAGAUCGGUGACAAGUCCGGAAUCACGAAGUUUUCCACCGAGCGUGAUAUCUUCGAUAUCACAAACGGAAACUGCCCCUGUAAACGGCAGCGCUACCGUUGUCGAAGACGAUGGAGAGGAGGAAGCUUUCUUUUUAAGGCCGAUUCCAGCCGCGUUGGGGACCCCUGCGCCACCACCUCCACCGACGUUGGGCACAUCAGCUGUAACGUCGACAGCGGAUCCAUCGCAACAAAUUCAGACUGAUAAAGCUGAAGCAGUAGCAGCAGCACCGGUGCCGGAGGAGAAUGAAAGCAGCUCUGGUUUGGGAGCUCGCAUCGAGCCAAGCCUCGCGGGUUUGGAUCGCAAUCUUGCCGAGGAACUCGUUAGGUUUACACCUCACAAGGAAGACAGAUCGUCGGUGGACGGCCAACAAGUGAGAAGGCCACGAGCCAUCACGAGGGACCAUUAUACCUCGAGAACGACGAGUUGGCGCAGGUCGAGACAGCACAAUGGGAGAUCGAUCUGCGACCCCGGGGCAGGAUCGCAACAGGAGGCCGGUGUCAUUUUGCGACGCGAAUUGUCCGGCGGUACGAGAAUAUCACCGAGUACCAUCGAUCGAGUGUUCGACAACAGCAAUCGACGUCAAUACGGGAUGGGAAUCGUCGGACGAGUUUUUGGGAGAUCAUUCAGAAAGAGCGUUGUCCACAAACCGGACGUGAGGAAACAAUUGGACGACAUCGAGGAUCACAGGCCUUUUUUCACGUACUGGAUAACAACAGUUCAAGUUUUUAUACUCAUAAUAUCACUCGCCUGUUACGGCUUCGGGCCCGUUGGACUCGACCUCAAUCGACGAUCUGGACACGUACUCGUAACGAGUUUGUCCCUGCAGCAAGUGGAUUACGACGAGCCAGCAAACUUUUGGCUCGGUCCAAGAGCCGCUGAUCUUAUACAUCUCGGAGCCAAAUUUGGGCCGUGCAUGCGUCGGGACUUCAAGAUACUCAACGAGAUCGAUGUUUGGCGGGAGCGAGAACGAGACACCGCGUGCUGUAUAAGAAACGACGAUUCGGGGUGCGUCCAGUCCAGCAAGGCAGACUGUUCAAUCCGUGGACUGAGAUCGACUGUAACGAACACAAUAUCAACUUGGAAGAAGUGGGGACCGGGGGACAGUGGACCGGGAGGACGCAUAAGUGGGUCUGUCUGCGGACUCGAUCCAAAAUUCUGUGACGCCCCUGCCAGUGUCGCUCCGUACGAGUGGCCGGAUGACAUCACCAAGUGGCCGAUUUGCCGCAAAACUAAUCCGUUCAGUCAGAGAUUCAGAAGCAACAAUGCUCACCAACAAGGGAACAACAAUUUUCCUGUCGGUCGCUACAAGGACAAAAUGGCUGAGCACAUGGUGUGCGAAGUGAUCGGUCAUCCUUGUUGCAUCGGUAUUCACGGAAUGUGUCGAAUAACGACCAAAGAAUACUGCGACUUCGUUCACGGUUAUUUUCACGAGGAAGCCUCGCUGUGCUCCCAGGUCGAGUGUCUACACGAUGUCUGUGGCAUGAUACCGUUCCUCCAUCCUGAGUGGCCCGAUCAGUUUUACCGAUUGUUCACCACGACUUUUCUUCAUGCCGGAAUCCUUCAUCUCGCCAUCACCUUGCUCGUUCAAUAUUUUCUAAUGCGCGAUCUCGAGAAACUCACGGGAUCAUUGAGAAUAGCGCUCAUCUACUUCGUCGGAGCGUUGGCUGGGAAUCUCGCGAGUGCGAUUUUCAUUCCCCAUCGAGCAGAGGUUGGACCCGCCGGUGCCCAUUUCGCUCUCCUAGCGACCCUGGUCGUCGAGGUACUGAAUUGCUGGCCAAUGCUGAAGCAUCCGAGAAGGGCGUUGUCGAAGCUGAUAAUGAUACUCGUGGCUCUUUUGGUGUUGGGUGUAUUGCCGUGGGUCGAUAAUUACGCCCAUUUGUUUGGUUUUAUAUUCGGUUUCCUCGCGGCUUACGCGCUGAUGCCGUUCAUCUCAUUCGGCACUUACGACCGCCGUCGUAAGAUAUUGCUCAUAUGGAUAUGUCUCGUUCUAAUAAUCGGCCUUUUUGCACUUUUACUCGCCCUCUUCUACAACGUGCCCGUAUACGAGUGCGAAAUAUGCAAAUUGUUCAAUUGCAUACCGUUCACCCGGGACUUUUGCGCAUCCCAGAAUAUUAAUUUCAAGAAGGAAGAGCCCGUAUGACACACGGGGCCGCGGUUACCAGUCGAGCGCCAAGUACCGUUCGGCCCCCCAAUAAACGCUCGUCAACGUAACGCACACAUCUCGAGAUCAAUCAUAGCAUUCGUGAAAUAUCAUUUUCCCGAUGCUACCAUCAUCGUCACAGCGUUUCUCGCGGUUACGAUUUCCUCGACUUUCAAACGAUAAAACAUUAUGAUGAAACGAAAAAAAAAAAGACAAAAAGCAAACAAACAAAAUCCCAGAGUAAGAUAAUCGUCGUCGCGGAAGAAACGAUGCAGAACACUCUCUGCCGAAUGAGAUUAAAAGUAAAGAAACAAAACAAAAAAAUGAAAAAAAAAAUGACAAGUGCGCCGAAAUUGAAUCCAAAUCAUUUGCGUACACAAUCCGACGAUAGUGAAUUUAAAAUGUACAGUAACAAACGAAAUCAUCCCCUCUCUACUGCCAUUUGAAGAAGAAAAAAGAUUAAGAACGAAUAAAUAACAACAAACAAUGUUAAUUCGCGCUUGUUCAUCGAGCAUGGAUAUUGUAAUGCCUUAAAUAAAAAUUAAAAAAGAAUGAUAAACCAAAAUAUAUAUGUAUAAAUUGACAUUGAAAACAAAGAAAAAAAACAAUGCAAUAGAAAGCAAGCGUGACGUUGAAGGACUAUUCGAUGGUCGCGAAGUAUCGAUCGACCGUUGUGAGAGUGAGAAAGAGAACUGUUUUUCGAAAUGGUGGAAAAAUAAUGUUAAUUCGUAAUUUCAAUAAAAAAAUAAACAUUGUACAUAUACUUAGGCUCGUAUGGAUUUACGUGACCACGUGACAUACACACACACACAUAUAUAUUUAUAUAUACAUAUAUGCAUAUACUUCUAUCUGUAUAUGUAUACAUACGUAUAUUAUAUAAAUAUAUACAUAUAUAUAUAUAUAUCUGGACUCUCGAAUAAUCUCGUCGAUUCUGUGAACCCGUUAUGCGACCACGGUGGAUGUUGCCUUAUAAUGAAUUUUCGUUUCUUUUUUUUUUUUUUGUUAAUUUAUCGCAGUUUCAGGUUCGAGCGAAUGUGAUGGCGCGUCAAUGCGUGAUGCGUGUAUUAUUGUAUGAUUAUUCGUCGAUAGGCCAUGAAACGAAGAACCUGAAUUUUUAUGUACUCGACUGAUUUUUUUUUAUACUCCUCUGUUUCCUUGUCGAUCGCAUGUUCUCCCCUGACCUUUCGUCACUUUUUUUCUCCGUUUUGUCCAUUCAUACUUGCGACUAAUGUCGACAUAUUUUAAUCGUCCCUCGUACAUCCAGAUCCUCGAAUUUUUUCAUGACUUCUGUCAUCAUCUACGUUUUAGUGCCUUUGCAAAAGUUGCUAGAAUCGAAAAAAAAACGGAGAGAAGCCAUCGGAUACCUUCGGAGAACUUGUAGACGAUUUCUUUGGGAUUAUCUUCUUCCUUCGAUCAUCGAUGUUAGAACGUACUAAAAAUUAUCACCAAUUGGACCCAUCGCGUUAUGUGAAAAAGAGGAUGCGAUCGAUAACGAUAUCAAGUUUGUGAAAAAAAUCAGUCUGUACAUAAUCUACGUUGUAAAUGAUAAACUCGAACGAACUGUGUAUAUAAACGUGACCCUCUCAUUCAUUGUGUGUAUCGAUUGAUCGAAUAAGUCGUGAGCGAAGCUAUCUUGCAGGAGGAGAAAAUCGGUUGGGGUGAAAAUCGUUAGAAUCGGAAAGCGCAACGAGAUCGAGCGACCUCUUUCAAUAUUGGAAAGAUAAUGGGACAUGAAAGGAGAGAAAAAAUCAUGAUACGACGCGGGAAAACAAACGUUGGAAUGAAAAUAAUUUUUUUAUUAACAAAGUAUGAACGACGUGUGUAAUGUUAAAAUAAUUCUCAACAGACUAAGAUCGGAAAGGAAUGGUUGUAAAUAUAUGAAAAAAUCGUACAGCAAGAAAAAGUUGGUGGAAAACCGAAUGUACGAGCAAGUCUUGUGAUCGGAACGCGCUUUCAUAGAAACAAAAAAUUAGGAUUUUUCAGUCGAAAAACCUUUAAAUACGAGCAACAAAGCGAAACGAUUGAACGCGUGUCUUUUUUUGUUUAUUAGAGAACAAACUUCUAGUCCCAUAAUUUUUAGUGAUAAAGAUUUCAUACAAGAACGAAGAAUCGAUCGAGCUCUAAAUAUUCAAGAAAAAAUGACAAUGCAUAAAUUUCGAUUGCUUUUGGGAUCACAGAUUUUGAAUUUAUCUCUUUUGCUCGCAGUUAUUCAUUGGAGCAAGUGAAUUUAAGCAUUUACAUUGAAUCACCUUGGUGAACGACGGAAUUGAAUUUGAAAGAAGAAAAAUAAUGAAAUCUGUCGGGAGAUAAUUAUUCUAUCUCGAAAUAUUACGGAGAAGACUUGUUAAUUUUGUAGGUAGCUCUUGUAUUUGAAGCGAUAACUUGGAUUUUUAUCGGCUAUUCGCUCAACGAAUUUAUUAGCAUAAUAUUUUGGCGUUUUUAUAAUCAUUUUCAGCUACUGAAAAUAAUGCUGCAAUAAUCGAGUAAAUUCGUAAUUGUUGACUCAAGAUAUAAGUCAAUUGAUAUUUCGUCACCGAAUAAUUUGGUCGUUGUUAUUGUCGUUUUCCUCCUUAAUUCUAUGUUUUAUGCCAAGUUAAGCCAAUACUGUGCAUGAUUUGUGAUAAUUAACGUUGGCUGAAAAAAACAGCGAAAGAAAGAAGGAGUGAAAAACAAAUGUGCCACGAAAUGAUCAGGUUGAUACGUAGUGUUAAAUAAUGUUGAAGCUGCGUGUCGUUUGAAUGAAAGAAACGAGGUGUUUCGGAGGAAGCGAGUAUGGACAUUUCAUUUCAAAUUUUAUUAUCAUUAUUUUCUCAUUCCCCAAGAUCAACCGAUGAAAGUAACUUUUAGAUGAGGGAAAAAAUGCUGGUUAACGAAUUUCGUAAUUGCUGCGUGCUCGAAGUUUCACUCUAAGAACGAUAAAGCCACUUUGUUGAUUUUCAAAUAGCAAAACAAAACUGAAAGAAAAAGAUGAAGGAAUAUACUUUUUUUGAAGAAGAAAUCAAUAGCCCGGAAGGAUUUGCCGAAACGAAGACAAAAGUCGUCAUCCGAAAUACAAACGAUCCAUUGCUCCUCGAAUUACUUGGCAAUUAUGCAAGAAUGCGAACGUACAGAGAGAGAGGGAGAGGGAGAGGGAGAAAAAGUGUGCAGUGAUGCGAAUUAUCCUUAUUACUAUUAUGAAAGAAUAUCCUGGUGUGAAAAUCGAAAUAAAAUCACUAUUUAAAGUAUCCAAAUGAAAAUUGAAGGCUCGAGAGUGAUUGGCAGUAUCGAAUUUCUCGCCGAGACACCAAGUUUUCGUGCGUGAAAUAAUCUCGUGGGGUGAAUCGUUCGCCCUUGAAGAGCAGCGAAUAUUUUUGUCGAGAAAGAGCUAGCGAACAAAAGACACGAAGAUGAAAAUCGCGAAGAAAGCGAGUUUGUGAAUUCGGCCUGGAUUGAACCUGUACAUAAAUCGUAUGCGUCGAAAGAAAGAAAAAAAUGGACCAAGGUUGAAUCUAUAAUAGAGAAACAGAAGAAAAAAACAUAAAGUAAAAGGAAAAAAAGAAUUUUGUGUUACGUCGAACGUGCGACGUUCGGGAUGAAAAACAAAAAAGAAAUAUGAACGUGCACAUGAACACAAAAUCUCCGAAUAAAUCUCGCGAUCGACAAGCUCGGUAGAUAGGACUUUAAGUAAAGGUACAAUUAAUCCUAAAAUAAUAAUAAAUAUGAUAUUAAGAUUAAUGAUAAUAAUGAUAAUUUCACUGACUUGAAAUGGCAGAUGAGAAAAAAAACUUUGCCAAUUUGAUGAAUUUCGAGGUUGGGUAUAACGACGAGAAAUGAUACGGACCACGUUUUUUUUCCGCAUACGUUCGGAAAAAGCCCGUGUACAAGAAAGAGCGAAUAGUAAGAGGAACGAGGUACAAUUCCUUCGGCUUGAUAGUAUUUUUAAGGUACAUUCCCACCGUGGUCGCGCGGUGUUAUUUUUCUGUAUCCCUGUAUCUAUAUUGCGAAUUAUUAUGUAAGUUGAAUAAAACCACGACGAACGACAAAA